ACACGUUUUGCGUCACUAAAACCCUUGCGACGGUCGACUCGUCGCUCUGAGAACCUGAUUGGUGGACGUUGUCAAGGGGUGGGACAGGCGGCAAGCACGUGCCACUAAACUGGGCGUACCUUCGUGCAAGGAGCUUAAAACUGCGAGGAAAGUUAGUAUCUGGCCUGGCGCGGAUUACAAAGGUGCAUAUUGGUUACUGGUGCGACUCCAGUUAUGGUGUCUUGGUGAUCAGAGCGAAAUGUUGGUGCCGUCUGACAUGAUGGCAGCUCAGUCCAAACUUCUCUACCAGCUCAAUAAGUUCUACGGUGAACGGGUGCAAGCCCGUAAAGCAACCAUCUCCAAGACGGUGCGGGACGUCUGCAAGGUGGUGCAGGACGUGUUGAAAGAAGUGGAAGUACAGGAGCCUCGUUUCAUCUCCUCCCUGAACGAGGGAAACGGUAGGUUCGAGGGGUUGGACGUCUUGUCACCUACCGAGUUCGAGGUCGUCUUAUACCUCAAUCAAAUGGGGGUGUUUAACUUUGUGGACGACGGAACACUUCCGGGCUGUGCCGUCCUCAAACUCAGUGACGGUAGAAAACGAUCCAUGUCGCUGUGGGUAGAGUUCAUUACAGCCUCGGGUUAUCUGUCUGCUCGAAAGAUCCGUAGUCGCUUUCAAACACUAGUGGCUCAAGCGUGCGAUAAGAGCAGCUACCGUGACGUGGUCAAGAUGGUGGCCGACACUACCGAGGUCAAAUUGCGUAUCAGAGAAAGGUACGUCGUCCAAAUCACUCCUUCGUUCCGAUGUAGCGGACUGUGGCCUCGUUCAGCUGCCCACUGGCCAAUACCUCACAUUUCCUGGCCAAUCCCGAACUUAGUUACAGAAGUGAAAGCCGAGGGGUUUGACCUGCUGUCCAAGGACUGCGUCACACUCCAGGGGAAGCAAUCUGCGAUGGAAGGGGACGCUUGGGUACUAAACUUUUCAGAAGCCGAGGACAGACUUCUGGCCGGUGGUUGCCGAAAGAAAUGCCUGAGUAUCCUGAAGACGUUGCGGGACCGUCACCUAGACCUACCGGGCAAUCCGGUCACCACCUACCACAUCAAGACCCUGCUGCUGUACGAAUGUGAAAAACACCCCCGGGAACUGGAAUGGGACGAAAUUUGUCUGGGGUAUCGGCUAAACGGUAUCCUCCUCCAACUGAUUUCUUGUCUGCAGUGCCGUCGAUGUCCUCAUUACUUCUUACCUCAUCUGGACCUUUUCAAAGGCAAGUCUGCCACUACGCUGGAGAACGCUGCCAAACAGUGUUGGCGUCUCAUGCGUGAGCUUCUAACGGACAGCCGCUCUUUAGAGAAACUCUGAGCAGGCUUCCGAAAAACUCUUGACCAGUAAGUAGCCUUGGCCCAGUUUCCAGCAGUGUGAAAUAGAUGAGUUUCAUCAGUGAGGUACGUGUUUUCCAUCAACAAUUUUAACGAAGUGAAUGACCUGCGUAUAUUAUUGUUGACCUAUUACAACCUGUGAAUAUGAACGCAACAAUAUUUUGUUUAUCCAGCAUUGUAACGGUUUUUCAACAUUUCAAAGAACACUGUUUGGUUGGCCUUGUGAUAUACCUAUAUGAAAACCUAUGUGACAAGUUUUUAAAAUGUUGUCUCAAUAUUUGAAACAAAUACGAAAAACGCCUUGUAUCAUUUACUUACUUACGUCUACAGAAUCUUAUGUUUAAAGGUCAAAUGAUAUCUGUUUUAUGUCAUAUUUGAUGUACAGUUAAACAAUACUGUAUAUAGAAAUAAAAAAGAUCGUUUUAUUU